AUGGCGCCUCGCUGGACAAACGAAGAGAUGGACAGACUUCUCGAACUUACCGAUGUGGGUAAAUCGCGAGAGGACAUCGAAAACACAAUGGAGAAAGAGGGCUACCCUCGUCGCGGAUGGCAAGCAACUAAGACUAAAGUGGAGAUGAUGAGAAGAGAGGGGAUAACACGUCAGAGCUUGCAAGCAAACAACGUACUGAUCUCUUUAAAAAAAUCGAAUGAAGCCAGGCUGACGUAUUUUUAUUUAGGUUUCCCCAAGCCGUACAAACGAGGACGAUGGGGUAUCAGCCACCAGACUCUUGUGAAUGCGACUAACAGGUUCCUUCGACUAUCUCACCCCAGGGCCGGACAAAUUGGUUCUCCGCACCUAGGCGAUUCUACCACUCCAGCAGUGUCUCCUUCACACCAAUCGAAAGUGAACGUUCCACAGACACAAAACAGCCCUGAUGCGGCUACACCGGAGAAGGAACCACAGACGCAAGAAGAUCAUAGUGAGCCGGCUCCGCUCACAGAAGGAGCGGAAACACAGGAUACUCAUUGUGGCUCUACAUCGGGAGUAGAGCCAGAACCACAAUCACAAGAUGCUCACGACGAGACUUCGAUCUCAAAUGGCUUGCAAUGCAAGAUGCUCAUGACGAGUCUCCGAUCCCAGACCCAGAUGACUUGCAAGCUUUAUGACGGCGAACAUGAGGCUCUGCCUCAGGAAGAAGAACAAUUGGAAGACGAUCAUUCUGGUGUCUCAACUACGGAAGACGCUAAUUCUGAUGUCUCCGUUACUGAAGACAACGAGGCGGCAUCGACUCCUCUACGGCCACAAAGAAAUUACUUGGCUGCACACAACAAUUGGAACAAGAAGCGAGUCAACCAUCUUUGUGAACAGGAGGAACGACGCUCGAAAAGAGUCAAGGAAUGGGAUGGGACGCUUCUUGUAAACAAGGUCAACUUAAAGGAAACUAGAUAUCGGAUUAGAGGGCUCGAACUAGAGCUAAAUGAGUUUGAUCAGAAAGAAAAACAGCUUAAGCAGGAACUACAAAACCUCGAACAGGAUCGACAAACGGUUGGCCAAGAAUUACGGGGCCUUGAUCAGGCAGAAGAUAUGAUUAAUGAAGGGAUAAAAGAUUUGUCGGGUCGGAUCGACGAAGAGAAAGCAAUGGAAAAGAGGGAAAGGGCCGAGAAACAGAUUUUGGAGGAGCAAAUUGCAGUAUAUGAAAGGAACAAGGCGGCCUUCGAGUAGGCGAUGGGGUCGAAGUUUCUUACGCGUG